AUGUAUUUCCCACCGUCUGGAGGCUGGAAGUCCGACAUCAAGGGUCAGCAGGGCCGGUUUCUUCUGAGGCCUCUCCCCUGGGCUCGAUACUGGGCCAACCUGAAGCUGUGGUUCAAGCAGAAGAUCAGCAAAGAGGAGUUUGACCUGGAAGCUCAUAGACUUCUCACACAGGAUAAUGUGCACUCUCACAACGAGUUCCUCCUGGCCAUUCUCACUCGGUGCCAGAUUUUGGUGUCUACCCCAGAGGGUGCCGGCUCCUUGCCCUGGACAGGCGGCUCCGCAGCCAAGCCCGGGAAGCCGAAGGGAAGGAAGAAGAUGUCUUCUGUGCGCCAGAAAUUUGAUCACAGAUUCCAGCCUCAGAACCCCCUCUCGGGAGCCCAGCAGUUUGUGGCAAAGGAUCCCCAAGAUGACGAUGACUUGAAACUGUGCUCCCACACAAUGAUGCUGCCCACGCGGGGUCAGCUGGAGGGGCGGAUGAUCGUGACGGCGUACGAGCACGGCUUGGACAACGUCACCGAGGAGGCCGUGUCGGCUGUGGUCUACGCCGUGGAGAAUCAUCUUAAGGACAUAUUGGCAUCGGUUGUAUCAAGAAGGAAAGCAUAUCGGUUGCGAGAUGGUCACUUUAAAUACGCGUUUGGUAGUAACGUGACCCCACAGCCGUACCUGAAGAACAGCAUCAUGGUGUACAACAGCUUAAUAGAAAGCCCUCCAGCCCUUCCUGCCCCCUGUGUCAGCCAGAACGCAGCUGCCCACCUGCACCCCGACGAUGCGGAGCAGCAGGCCGCACUCCUGCUGGCGUGCUCCGGGGACACCCUCCCCGCACCCCUGCCUCCCGUGAACAUGCAUGACCUUUUUGAAGCUCUGCAGGUGCACAGAGAAGUCAUUCCCUCGCACACUGUGUACGCGCUCAACAUCGAGAGGGUCAUCACGAAGCUCUGGCAUCCCACCCACGAGGAGCUGCGGCAGGACCAGGUGCACAGGCAGCGCCUGGCCGCCAAGGAGGGGCUUCUGCUCUACUGAGUCGUCCCCUGCUCUGCCGAGUCACGCCACAAACAUACUGAUUACUGAGCAUUGAAUGUCUCGGGUCCACACUUCAAGACUGGAGUGGACGGUGUAAAUAUAACCUUUCCUAUGGAAAUGUGACAUUGAGUACAUUUUGUGUUGCUACUGUGAAGCCAUUAGUAGAAAUCUGACUUCGCGAGGGACCCAUAUCUGUGUGUGGACGUGUCCCCGUAGGGUGGGCUCUGAAAGUUGCCUGCGUGGGAAUGGCCAGGCCCUGAGGUGCCGGGUCCUCUGGUCUGCGUGUCAGGUAGGUGACCUCCUAGAACAAGGACGCUGUUAGAACUCUGCCCCCGUGACCUGCAGGACACCCGUGUGUUCAGUGGCAUCCUCUGCUCAGUGUCCGGCAGGCCCAAGUUUCCGCCUGCCUCCUGAGAGAAGCACGCUCUUGGAAUUCGGUUGCAGUAACCUACAGUGUUAACAGUCAGACGCCUCCCUCAGUGACCAGUCUGAUUGUCAGCAGAUGUUAUCUGGCAGCACCUACAAAUCAAUACCACUCCGAGACAGUAUGGCUCAGGCAGCCUGUGCUACUGGACAAACGCCACAGCAGACUCUUAGAAUGAAUUCGUUAACCUCAUGAAAUGUCUCCUCGUGACUCAAGUUCUUCAUUUAGUUCAUAUUCCCGGAUGCUGACUGGCAGGCUCACCUAUUCAUCGUUCCCAUAGGAUGUUUACAGUUUAUGUGAACAUGUUGCAUUGUAAUUGUAAUUCCCCAAUUCCUGUGUCUAUCCUUUCAAACGAUAAAGUGAAAGUAAUUUACACUUGGCAGUGUUACUGACACCCAGGGUUUUGUUUUUUUUUUUUAGAGAGAUAUUGCUUUUUACUCAAGAGAAAGUGCUGGUGGAUAUGCAGUUGACUCCUGAACGGUGUGGGUGUUAGGGGCGCCAACCCCAAGGCAUCAGAUAUGCACUUACAACUUGUGACUUCCCAAAACUAAGCUACCCCUCACUAUCCAUGGGGGAUUGGUUCCCGGACCCCCCACUGAUGCCAGAAUCCUCGGAUGCUCAGGUCCCCGAUACCACAUGGUGUAGAGCAAUGUAGACUCCCAACCGCAAUCUUUAGUCCAGGUGUUCAUUGAAGAAAAUUCAUGUAUAUGUGGCCCCACAGUUCAAACCUGUGUUGUUCAGGGUCGGCUGCAUUAGAAUGAGUUCUGUGGUUUAGUAACAUGUAUAAAUAUGUACAAAUGGGAAGCUGGCUCUGUGUGCUGGAUUUUGUACCUUAACUGUGACAAAUAAACCUUUUGGGAGAAAA